GACCACCUCUUUUUGAUGGAACCAAUUAUCCAUAUUGGAAAGAACGAAUGAGAAUUUAUAUUCGUUCUACGAACUUCCAAUUAUGGUUGGUUAUCAAAAACGGGGAAGAGGUGCCGAUGAAGAAAGUUGGAGACAAGUUGCUCCCAAAGACCGAAGACGAGUUUGAUGCCGAGGACAUCAAGAAGGUCGAAAGUUAUGCAAAGGCAAUAAGCAUGGGGCUCUAUUGUGCCGUAAAUCCUGAUGACUACCACAAGAUCUCCUGCUGCACAACCGCCAAGGAGAUGUGGGACAAACUUGAGAAAGAGAAGGUUGAGGAUGGCCCUGAGUGCUAUGGAUGUGGUGAAGCCGGGCAUAUCAAGAACAAAUGCCCGAGAAGCGGAAGGAAUGCUCACCACUUCAAAAGGCAAAGGGCAUACAUCUCCUGGGGUGGAGACUCUGGCGACGAGUCAACUGACCAAGACGAGGAUGAAGCUGCCAACCUCUGUCUUAUGGCACACGAAGACGAGAACGGCGACGUGCAAGAGAUAUGUACCACUUCUUCCGACUCUUAUACUUUUGAAGAAAUGCAAGAAGCACUUCAUGAACUUUAUGAUGAAUUUGUUAGCGCUUCUAAAAUCAACAAAUCGUUAAAGAAACGCCUCUCCACUCUUGAAAAUGAUUUUGAAAAGCUGGACAAAGAUAAUGAGAAGUUAAAACAAGAAAAUAAAUUUUAUGGCAAAAGAAGCGCCGACAAACCGGAAAGUUCCUCAAACGAAAGGAUUCGAGAAGGGCAAUCCACCGUAAGGCCACCAUUUUUUGAUGGAACAAAUUACUCCUAUUGGAAGGAGCAAAUGAGGAUUUUUGUUCAAUCAAACGAAUUCAAAAUUUGGCUUGCUAUCAAGAAUGGAGAUAGCUUCCCGAUGAAGAAAAUAGGCGAUACACUCAUCCCCAAGGACGAGGAUGAAUAUGAUGAAGCCGGCUUCAAGAAGGCUCAAUUGAAUGCCACCGCCAUCAACUUCUUGUAUUGUGCUGUCAAUGCCAACGAUUAUCAAAAGAUAUCUCGUUGCCAAACCGCCAACCAAAUGUGGAACAAGCUCAUGAUCACAUACAAAGGUACGCCUCAAGUUUGUGAAUCAAAAAUUGAUUUACUAACCCAUGAAUAUGAGUUGUUUGCUAUGAAAGAGAACGAGCUUGUGGAGGACAUGUUUGGAAGAUUUUCAAACAUUAUCAACGACCUCGAUAUGCUUGGAAAGACUUUCACCGACAAGGAGUUAGUGAGGAAAAUUCUACGAAGUCUUUCCAAGGAAUGGGAGUCGAAGGUUAACUCCAUUUACGAAGGCCGAGAUUACAACGUCAUCACAUACGACGGUCUUCGAGGUGUUAGCGAAGGGCAAUCCACCUCUAGGCCACCGCUCUUUGAUGGUACCAACUACUCUUAUAGGAAAGAACGGAUGAGAAUCUAUAUGCGUUCCACCAACUUCCAAUUUUGGUUGGUCAUAAAAAAUGGCGAGCAAAUCCCAAUGAAGAAAGUGGGAGAAACCACGGUCCCAUUGAUCGAGCAUGAGUUUGAUGCCGAAGACAUAAAAAAGGUGGAAAACUACGCAAAGGCCAUCAAUAUGUUGUAUUGUGCGGUUAACCCCGAUGAUUACCGAAAGAUCUCCUGCUACACAACCGCUAAGGAGAUGUGGGACAAGCUUGAAGUGACGUACAAAGGUACCGAUCAAGUUCGUGAAGCCAAAAUCAAUUUUCUCACCCAAGAGUAUGAAAUGUUCUGCAUGAAGGAAGGUGAGAAAAUCGAUGACAUGUUUGACCGUUUUUCAAAGAUCAUCAAUGAUCUUCAUGCUCUUAAGCAGACAUAUGCCAACAGGGAUCUCGUAAGGAAAAUCCUGCGGAUCCUCACCCCCGAAUGGAGAUCAAAAGCCGACGCAAUCUACGAAUCCAUCAGAGUCUCCAACGUCACCAUCGACGGGAUAAGAGGUAACCUUAAAACAUAUGAAUCUACUAUUCUAACCCCGUCUUUGGAUGAACAAAAGAAAAAGGGAACAACUCUCAAAGCCACCAAGGAACUGGUGGAAGAGGUUUCAAGUGACAAUGACAUCGAGCCCGGCAAGGACAAGAAGCAAGAGGAAUCAACCGACCAAGAGGAGGGCGAAGCUGCAAACCUCAUGGCGCACGAAAUGCAAGAAGCACUUCCAAGAGGACAAGAACCGGGCAGGAACCUCCGAAAAAUCCAAGGCCAAAUCCCGGGCUCCUACCACGACCUUCGAGGAAUGCCUCUACUACGGAGACGGGUCGUACCUCUAGUUCGAUUCAAAGGAGGAGCGCACCCGCUUUCUUACCUUCUUCUCCAAGCGGGUUGUGGCUCCCCCGCAAUUUGUCUGGAGCGACUACUGGAGUUGCUUGGCUACGACUUCCUCAAUGCGCAGCUCCACCAAACCGGGCUAUGGCCGUUCGUCUCCAAGGCCCGUAAGGAGAUCAACCCGGCGCUGGUUAGGGUUUUCUCCUCGAAUCUUCAGCGUGAGGAUGACAUCAUCUAUAGCCUCGUCAAGUCCAAGCCAAUUGAACUCAACGUGGAAUGCCUUGGGCGCAUCGCCGGCCUCCCCUAUCAAGGCAACGACAUCUCAACCUAUGGCGGAGAAGAUUGGGUCCUCAACAACGAGGGCCUAGUGUAACACCUCGGCUCGCAUGACCCAAACCCGUGAGACAGCGGACCGGUGUGCCACUGAACUGGUAUCCGAAUUUGCGACAUUUUCAAAACAAUUUUAAACAAACGUUCUAUCAAUACAUAUAAAAAUCCAUCGGAGUAAUUUAAAAUAAUGCGGAAGCCUUUUUAAAGUCAAACAACUUGGGAUCUUGCCCGAAAACGUAAUAAGCAUUAAAGUUAAUUAAAUAAAGCAUAAUCAACAGAUUAAAGAGACAGCCACGCCAUCGUACAUCUCCUCCUCAAUGCCCUCUGGGAUCGGCUCUAGGUUCAUCUGAUCCCUCGGGCGAUGGCCUCAAACCCAAGAUCGCAGACCCUCGUGCGCACGUCUUAACCUCACUGACCAGGCCCUGCAGCCGCCCGAGCAAUGGCCAGUUUCUAUGUUCAACACAAUAAACCAAUUGACCUUAA